AUGAAACGCGCCUUAGUCACGUUCAGCAACAACUUCUUGACCUUCAGCGUAUAUAUCGGCCCAGAUCUGUAUUCGAUUCCUGGCCUGACGGUUGACUUCAAUGUCCCUCAAACCACCACUCUUGGUCUCACGCUGUACGUUCUUGUUCCACGAGAUGACGUGCUUGGCAUUUUCUGGCUUCACCGCGUAGUGGAUGUCGUUCGCCCUUCAAUUGAAGGGACUGUAAUCUUCAAAGCGGUCUACACGACGAGGCGUGGUAAAAACACAGGAGUUACUACAAGAGAAGUGGUGGAACAAGAAUGCUUGAAGAAGGUGGUGGUAGGAGGCAAAGACGCGUCGUUAUUUGCUUUACCUGGCCUGGAUGGCUGGGCCGACCCAGAUCCUGGAUCCGGGUCAGAAAGCCGCCAGUUUUGGCCCCCAGAAGCUCUCACCAAACUUUGUCCGGCAAAAAUCCGAAAAUCGGUCCUCAAAUAUGCAACUUUUGGGGCUCAAAGAAAAUAUUGCCGAGAGGAGUCAGAAAUCCAAAUCGGGACUGAUAUUGGCUCAGAUGUCAUGGCGAUGGCGUCAGCGCCAGCCCAAAAUAUGCUAACAUCCGGACAAAGUUCGACGACGUUUGGACCCAAAAGAGUUUGUAACGUAAGAGGAGAAAAGGCACAAAGUCCGAACUGA